AUGUUUUCUGCCACAGCUGGCGUCAAGUUAGGCACCCGCAAAUUGAGAGAUUCGACAUGAAACGGCACGCGAAAUGCACCUGUUUCAUCGUUUCGCAGUCGGGAGAUGUUUCUUUUUUGCUCCUCGUUUUCUCUUUUCUUCUGCCGCCGUCUCACCCCCUUCCGCCACGCCCCGCCCUUUUCGAUAGUAUGAAGAGCCCUCGGGCGACGGAGCAAAGGAGCAGCUGACGGGCUCGAGCCGCCAUCGUCUCCAACUGCCUCUUUUACACUUUCUUGGUUUUCUGUUCCGAUCGAAAGUAUUUCAGGUGGCCAGAACAGAACGGUGAGUUCGAUGAGUCGGAGCAACGGAUCAUGAGCAGAAGAGGCGGGCUCCUGCUGCUGCUGCUCUUCGUCACCGGAGCAGUCGAGAGCUAUGAUGCCGGAGAGGAGUCCAGUUGUAAGGUGAGCACUUGAAUUGAAGAUAACUGGAUUAUGACAGUCCACAUUCAAAGAGCAUUCUGGGCCCCCGUUUGGAAUCAGUCUUCCUCCAGAGACUGUAUCGCUUCCACCAUUCUUAUUCCCUACUGGUCCCAGAACCCAAAUCAAAAUAUUCUGUUUCCAGAGACGACACGGUGGAAUUCCUCUCCCGUUGGGAGUGUUCACAGUACAGAAGGAAGGUUUUCCGGAUGCCCUGCCUGCCAUCCGCACCGCCCUUUCCCACGUACACAACCGUUCGUGCAUCCUCCAAGGAUAUCGUCUCGAAAUGAUAGUCAAGGACACCCAUGUGAGUCUUCUUCGUCGCUUCCACUCGAUAUUGAACAAAUUCAAUUUGCGACCGGACCCGCAUCUCUUCAAUUGAGUCAAUUUUGGCGCUCCGUCCGCGCUCGCACGUUUUUUACUGCGCUGCCUUCACUUGCUCCUUGUGCUCUGUCUCGGUCCGUCCUUCUGUCGGUUACCUCAUCCUUUGUGUCAGAAUUCAUGCACGACGUCGUCCGACGACUAAAAUAAUGGGCGCCGAGCAGUGCACCAUGUUAAACGCAUGAAUGCGUUAACUAAAUGGGUUAGACGAGACGGGACGGGAGGAGUGACGACGGAAUGAGUUCUGCAACAUGCUGAAAGAGAAUUGGGAGGAUGACUGAAUAGGGAGUGUGUUUCAGUGUAAAACGUCGCAGGGAAUGAAGGCGUUGUUCGAUUUGAUAGCUUCGAGACCCCGACCUGUGGCCAUUCUCGGAGGACAAUGCACAGAAGUAGGCUUCUCCUUUUAUCAAUUUUCAGCUGGAACUGUUCCUGUUUCUGCAGGUAAAUGAACCGAUUGCAAUGGCGCUCAAGUACUGGCAGAUCGUGCAAUUGUCCUAUGCGGAGACUCAUGCCAAAUUCGCCUCUUCUGAUUCCCAUGAAGUUAGUUUGGGGAAACGAAGCGCAGGCCAAAAUAGAGAGGCCGAAUUCAUGAAAGUCUUCCGGUGUGGGAAAGAAAAAUUGGCCUCGGGCGACAUUUCGAGCUCUCUCUCUCUCUCCCCCUUUUGAGAAGGCGCCUCUCUUGCUCGAGCUCAUUUUGAAAUGAAAGGGCGCUCGAAACAAUGAAUGAGCAAUUGCAGUUGUUCCCCACUUUCUUCCGAAUCGUACCUGGAAGCCGCAACACGAACAUGGCCAAGUGCAAGUUCGUGAAUCACUUCGGAUGGAAGCGGGUCGGCACGGUGAAGCAAAACGAUCAACCAAGAUAUGCGUUGGUAAGGAAACGCUCCGAAUUAUUCAUUUUUCCGACAAAAACUGGAGCCGAGAGGGGUCUUGACACGCGACGGACAAGGGUUUUGAUGGAAAUGAGAGUGACACACUGCUUGCGGAUUCAGCAAGAAAACGGGAUUAAUGUCACUGACACCUUGUGUUCCAUUCGAAGCGAAAUAUGGAGGAAUAGUAGAUGGGGUGGUUGCGAGCACUCCAUUCUAUGUUCCGAUACUCAUAAGUAAAUCCCACUCUUCUUCAGCCCCACGAAGCACUGACAACUCGUCUGGAGCACGGAUUCGGAGUGAAGAUCGUCCACACGGCAGGAGUCAACUGGGAACAGAUUGAAACUGUCGGAGCGGAACUCGACGAGCUCAAGGUCUGUGAUCGUUUCCGUCUCUUUUUUGCUUCUCGCGCCCCCGGUUUGUGUCGUGUCGCCAAAGGAGGAGAAGAAGAAGCCGAAGAAGAAGAUAAAUAAUGAGCGGGAAGGCGGGCGUGUCGCGAGAGAGUCACACAAUGUCCUCUCGAUUGGCUUUCCAGAUAACCGGGGGCGAGCUCUCCCGGGGGACGUUCCCCCCGGCGCUUACAUGUACAACAUCUUAUUAUUCGAGAGAAAUGACUGGGAUUUUGAGACCGGAAAAGGGAUUUUCAGGAACGAGACGUCCGAAUCAUUCUCGUCGACGUCGACGAGAAAAUGGCGGCUACAGUACUCUGCGCCGGAUAUCACCGAGGAAUGUACGGAGACAAUUACGUGUGGAUUCUACCUGGAUAUCACUCGAACAAGUAAACACACUAAACAAUCCAAAAAAGUCCUGAUUACGAUUGCAGAUGGCUGAACAGCCCGCAUGACAACUGCACGGCCGAGGAAAUGCAGGUAGCCAUGCACAAUCACUUUUCCGUCGAAUUCGCGCUGACUAGGAGAGACGUGGACACGAAGAUUGUCGGGAAUACGGUAGGAAUCAUCUAGGUUUCAUAAAACCAGAAGUAUGUUUCAGAGGGCGGGCGAUGUGUGGGAAGAGAUCAGUCGGCUGAAUCCGAACAACACGUGGCGCGGAUAUCUUUACGACGGUUUGUGGACGCUUGCCAUUGCUCUGAGCCAUUCUAUGGGGGAGAAUGCGGAAUUCUCGCAUCACAAAAUGAUCGAAGCCAUUGACAAUUCUUCGUUCCAGGGACUGACGGUAGGAACAGACCAACAGCGAAACUGAAAGAGAUCGAAUUUAGGGUAAAGUGAAGUUCGCAAAUAACGAACGGCUUGGACUGGUGGACAUUAUGCAAUGGUCCGAUGGACAAUACGUCCCGUUUGCGAUGUACGACGGGGCCGAAGACGAAUUCAAAAUCAUAGACAUCUUAACGAAAGGAUGGUCUCCCCCGCUGGAUUCAACUAUCACGGAAAGGCGUCGCGAGCACAUUUCCUCUUUGCUCUUUCUGGCAAUGUCACUUCUGGCUCUCAUCGGCAUCUUCCUAGCUCUUAUCUUUCUGUUAAUCAACUUCAGAUACCGUAAUCACAGGUACACAAAAAAGUGGUUCAUCUAUCAAUUCGGAAUUCAUUCAGAUUCAUUAAAAUGUCCUCUCCCAACCUGAACAACAUCAUUAUUGCCGGUUCAAUUUGCACUUUUGCUUCUGUCAUUUUGCUCGGAUUAGAUACUCGGAUAGUCAGUUCGGAAGUGUUCGUUUGGCUGUGUUAUGUGAAGACGUGGACGCUCUGUCUCGGAUUCACCCUCGCAUUCGGAGCAAUGUUCUCCAAGACGUGGAGAGUCCAUUCGAUAUUCACGAACAUUCGCAUGGAUCGGAAAGCGAUAAAAGUGAAAAAGAUGAUACAAUUUCAAGUGUACAUAAGCAAUUCAGGAUUCGAAGCUGUUCCUUAUCCUCGGAAUUCUCCUGUUCAUCGAUGUCUGCGUCCUCGUCGUCUGGGCUUUCAUUUCCCCGUUCUCUUAUACUGUCACCGAGCUUCCACACAUUGUAAUCAGUUUAUCACCACUGCCUCUUACUAAUUAUCCAUGUUUCAGCCAGAAGACAACAUUGUGAUAGUUCCCGAAGUUGAAAAGUGUCACUCUCCAAACUCUGGAGUCUUCCAAGCAGUUCUUUAUGCAGUCAAGGGAGUCCUUAUGGUAUGUUCGGCCUCCUCUUCUGAUCCUUCCCUUCUUUAAGAUCCUCGGAUGCUUCCUCGCGUGGGAGACCCGCCACGUGAACGUUCCCGCUUUGAACGAUAGCAAGUACAUCGGGACCAGUGUGUACUGUGUGGUUGUAAUGAGUGUGCUCGGACUGUCCACUAGUGUCAUUCUGCAAGAACGGGUCAACGAGAUGUUUAGUCUCGCUUCUUUCUUCGUCAUUUUCUCCACCACUCUCACUCUCUGUCUCGUCUUCGUCCCGAAGGUUCGCUCGCAUUUCAUAUUUCCUUUUAGCUAGAAAACACAAAAAAUAAGACGAUGUGUGUGUACUCUGUGGUCGGCCAUCAAAUCUCUUUUAAUCUGCUCUCGAAGACCACACUUUUAAUAGUGCGAGAAAGAGAUAUUCAAGGAUUACCAUUGCUCAUUUCCUCCCUUAUUCCAGAACAAUUUAAAUGUUCCAGGUAAUUGAAUUGGCUCGGAAUCCAGUUGGCAACGAGCCGAGAGCUUAUCGACGCGGACUCAUGAAGAGUGUCGUGGCGAAGACGUCCCAACCGAUGUCACCGCAGCCGAGAUCGUGAGUGCCAUCUUCUCAGUUCAAUGAGCUCUGAACCGUUUCAGAGAGAGCACUGGUGACCUUCUCGGAAAAGCGGAGAGCGAAAACAAGUUGCGUAGGCGAUACCUGCAUCAGGUGAGGGAAAACACCGGGAAACUUCUGAUUGAAGGGUUUCAGAAAUCAACUCAAUUAUGGGAUUUGGUGGAGAAGCUGAGAGCGAGAGGAGACACUCAGUUCUUACAACAAGGUGAGCGAGAGAAGGGGCGGAUUGAGGAAGGUUUAUGA